AUGGCCUCCUGGACGCUGCCAUAUCGGCACGAGGCCGUGGACCGCGAUCCGGGCUUCUGCUGGCAAGAUCUCGACGACGGUCCCACCGACGGCUCCAACGACUUCUUCGGCCAGUUCAUCAACUUCGACGCCGACAUGGGCUCGUCCAUGGCCAACCUCCAUAGAAACGACCCUUCUCUGCCCACCAUGCCCGACCCGCUCAUGCUCGACCGGCCCUCCGAGUCGACUGCCUCGUCCGGCGUGUCCACGGCCGGUGAUGAAUUCGACUUCUUCUCGAGCAGCUCCCACGCCGGCCCCGUCAUGUCCGGCGCGUCCAUCGGUCCCCAGACUCACGAGGUCGAUCCUCAAUAUCUCGCCAUCGGUGGCGAGGACAUGGCUGGAAGGGUGCCUCGGCCCUCCAUGUCCGACCCGGAGCUGCCCCGUCUCGAAGGCAUCUCGCUCCACUCGCCCACCAAGCGCAGGCACAUCUCCCAGCCGUCGUCUCCGACACCUCCCAGCACAGUUACCGCCCGCAAGCCCAACAAGUUUGUCGAGGCCCUCUCAUCCACGUUCCGCAGGGCUGGCAAGUUCGCCAGGAGCCGGAAGCCUCCCGCCAUUGCCGUGGACCGUCCGGGCUCUCCAACUAUGGAGAACCCGCCCAUGGCUUUGAGGAUGCAGGCAUACGAGUACGGGAAUGCCAACGCGGGGUCUCCUCCGUCGCCUACUACAAUCCCGGAUCACGGAACCUUCGUCCACGGGUACUGUGACGACCCUUUCGGCGAAAUUUCACAGCCCCCGUCCGCCACUUCGCUUCAUUUCUUCCACGGCAACGGGAUACACACUCCUGACGAGUCUCCCAUCGUUGCCUCCGAUCCAGGGAGUUAUCGAUCUGACAUCGGGACCCAAGGGGACCCAAACAACUGGCCUCUCCCAGCAAAUCCGCAACCUCAACAGCACGAACGACAACAAAUGCCUCCUCAGCAAAUGCUUCAGCAACAGCAGCAGGUUAUUUCUGCAGGUGGGCCACCACCCGAGUCGUGGCCCGGCACCGAAUACAUGGCUCACCAGCAGGGCGCCGGCUGGUGGGAUCUCAACCUCCUGAGCCAGAACGGCGAGUAUAUCAUGGACCCGCAACAGCAGCAGCAGAAGCACGCAAACCUCAACAUGGCCAUGCAUGCGCAGCACGCCGAGCUUCCUUACGAGUACCAGGCGGGGCCGGAGACAGGCCCCGGAGGUCUCAUGAUCCACAUGCCCCAGCCGCGCGGCAUGCCCCCGGCCGUCAUCAACGACCUCUCCGUCUCGGGCCCGACGUAUCUCCCGCCGCCGCCGCCGCUCCCUCCGGCCGUCCCCGGCUCCGACCGCCAGCACCGUCCCCCACGAGCCCCGUCGUCCGGCGCGCGACACCUCUCCUGCUCGCCGAUCCGCAAGACCCGCGCCCCCUCGGCGUCGCCCCAGCCGGCGCACUCGCGCCACAGCUCCGGCGGGUCAAUAGGGUCGACGCGCAGCGCGUCCGGGCGAGGCAUGGUGCCCGGCACGCCGACGACGAUACGCAAGCAGCGGCGGUCACGGGAGCCGAGCGGGAGCAGCGCCGGCGGCGGAGAAAUCGGCUUCGUCAACUUCACGCCCAGCGACGGCGGCAUGCUGAUGACGGGCGUGGCGCCCAGCGGGAGCUCCAAGACCAAGGCGCGGCGGGAGCGUGAGGCCAUGGAGCGACGGCGACGGCUGAGUGAAGCAGCCCUGAAAGCUGUGCAGGCGGCUGGCGGCGAUGUCGACCAGUUGAUGCAGCAGGGCUUCGCCCUCUAG